AUGGCUGGAAGCAAUCAGUUCAGUGUUGGCUCUUCCUCAAGUGAAUCAUCCCAGCAUCAAUACCAGCAUCAUGGGGUGUCAAACUCUCUAUAUGGAAACGUCAUUUUGGUUUUGUGUUGUGUUAAUGCUCUCACUAUUGUGUUGUCAUCUAUCUUGAAAUCUAGGCUCGUGAAAGGGAGACAUCUGGUUAAGAGAUCAUUUGGCACGAAGUGUCUGUGUUUGCUUAUUUCAAUACCAGUUUGGGCUCAGGUGGUUUUAUGGGUAUUCAUUGUUUUUGUUUUAAUUGCUUUCCCUUACUAUAAAGAGUCUGCUGUUGCUUCUGGAUCGAAUGGCUCUCUGUUUCAUCUUCAAGUUGAGGUUUGGAAGCGUUCUGGUGUGGUAAGCUACGCGUUGACCCCAUUCAUGUUUGUUUUGGCUUUGAGACCAAAUCCAUUGCCAACAGUGAUUUACACUAAGCUCCUUCCAUUGCAUAAGUGGUGCUCGAGAAUUUUUAUUAUUGUCAUGGUUUAUCAUAGUGUUAUUUUCUCCAUUAUUUGGUUCGAGUCUGAUGAAUUCUGGAAAAAAGUUUCAAGAUUGGAUAUUUUCCCAGGUGUGAUUUCGUUUGUCUUAUGGUUUAUGGUGUUGUUGGUUUCUAUAAAGCCGAUAAGAGUUAGGAUUUACAGGCUCUUUUACAUGAUACACAUGAUCGCAACAUGGUCUCUUGCUCCGCUGAUGCUUAUCCAUGCUCCUAAUUUCAAGGCGUUUAGCUAUCUGAAUUUUGUGAUGAUUGGGUUUAUGUUAUAUUCAAAGGUUUGCUUUUCAGUAACCAAAUCACAUAUAUCUGGUGGAGAGCCCUUUAGAGUGAUUAGAAAACCAAAUAGCCAACUUAUCAUUCUAACGCUACCGAAAGACUAUUAUGAAGAAGGUUUGAAAUUCUAUCUUGGGUCUCAUAUCAGAGUCAAUCAUGGGUUACUAAAUGCUAUUUCGUGGUUAUUUCCGUCACAUCCUUACACGAUUGCAUCGCUAGAUACUGAUUUAGAAGUGAACCUGGUCAUAAAGGAGAUUAAGUUCAAAAUCCUACCCUUGUCAACAUACAAUUUUUCGUUGCCGUUUGAUGGUUUAGAGUGUGAAUAUUUGACUGGAAACUUUGAAGAUCAUAAUAUCACAAUUGUAUGUGGUGGUUCUGGUAUUGCUUUUGGCUUACCUAUAUUUCAUCAUUUUCUUAACUGUUUAUCUCAAACCCCCACUGAGCUUGGACGUCUUCAUUUAGUCUGGAUAACCAAGACCAUACAUGAUUUACACAUUUUACUUCAUUUUGGAGUUUUAGUUAAAGAUAUUAAUGGUGGAUAUUUCAAAAGAUGUGAUGGUGAAAACAUUAAUAUUUACAUUACAGCUGACUUGAAGGAAGAAGAUGAUUGUGAGAGGGAUGUUCUAGUGGGACAUCUGAAUCAACAACUUGGAAAGAAGGAUGAUGAUUCCACUAAUAACCUGGAAUUAGAUGUUUAUCCUGUUGAUGAGUCCUUAUUGAGAAGUGUUCAAAAUAAACCAUCGGUAACCUUUAUUCACAGGGGAAGACCGAAUCUUCCAUCUGUUAUCAAUGAAGAUUUCGAUCGUUUUGAUCAGGACGAUGCUGAAUACAUUCCACUCAAUUCUUUGUUUUCUUGUGGACCAAAAGGUUUGUUGGACGAGUGCUCUAAACUAGCUCUCGAACACAAUGCUGAAUUCAUAACAGAACCUAAUGAAUUCUGA